ACAUGGACAACAGACUGGUGCUCACUGUCCUCUUUGUGACUCUGUCCUGGAUGUCAGGGACCACCAACUCGACCACAACAAGCACGGUGCCAAACAGCACGACGACAAACAGCAUGACCACGGCGCCAAACAGCACGACGACAAACAGCAUGACGACAGACAGCAUGGCGUCAAACAACAUGGCGUCAAACAACAUGACCACGGCGCCAAUCAGCAUGACGACAAACAGCAUGACGUCAAACAACAUGACCACGGCGCCAAUCAGCAUGACGUCAAACAACAUGACGUCAAACAACAUGACCACGGCGCCAAUCAGCAUGACGACAAACAGCAUGACGUCAAACAACAUGACGGCGCCAAUCAGCAUGACGACAAACAGCAUGACGUCAAACAACAUGACCACGCGCCAAACAGCAUGACGACAAACAGCAUGACGAUCAAACAACAUGACCACGGCGCCAAUCAGCAUGACGACAAACAGCAUGACGUCAAACAACAUGACGUCAAACAACAUGACCACGGCGCCAAUCAGCACGACGACAAACAGCAUGACGUCAAACAACAUGACCAUGGCCCCAAACAGCAUGACGUCAAACAACAUGACCACGGCGCCAAACAGCAUGACGACAAACAGCAUGACGACAAACAACAUGACCUGGCGCCAAACAGCACGACGUCAAACAACAUGACCACGGCGCCAAUCAGCAUGACGACAAACAGCAUGGCGUCAAACAGCAUGACGUCAAACAACAUGACCACGGCGCCAAACAGCAUGACGACAAACAACAUGACCACAAACAACAUGACGACAAACAACAUGACCACGCCGCCAAACAGCAUGACGACAAACAGCAUGACAACAAACAACAUGACCACGGCGCAAAACAGCACGACGACAAACAAAAUGACGACAGCACCAGCAACUGCAACCGCAACAGCAACAGCAGUAGCCACAACAACCAAUACAACCCUGAUUACCAACACCACAGUGAUCGUUCUUGAGAUGCCUGUUAACCGGACCGGAUGUGGGAUCCAACAGCUCUGUGGGUCUGAGCCCUCUGACUGUGACCCCUCACAAUCAUCAUCAUCGUGUUUCUUCGUUUCUGCCAAACAGACGAACGGUCAGAACUUUGAGUUUUCCAUGUCAGGGGAGUCAAGUGGCUACGUCGCUUCCACGGUGUCAGCUGAUGCCACAGUGGGAGAUAACGACAGAACCUACAUCUGUGCAAACAAAAAUGGCAAGGUGAAAUUCUUCAGCGCUCUCCUCGACAACGACAAGCUGACACUGACAGAGCUGCCUGUGAACUCGGUGAAGGGCCGAGUCAGUGAAAAUCGAAUCCAGUGCACGUUUGUUGCCACUUUGGACCUGUCGACCACAAGAGCAGCAGCAUCAACAUUAAACGCCGCACUGUCAGUCUCCACCGGUACUUUUGACAGCGAUACUGAAUCUUUUGGAGACCCCAACACCAGAUUUCAGAGCGGAGUUGUAAACCUGAGCGAUGCUAAUGCUACCGUCUCUAAUGUGCUUCCCAACAUGGCCACGACCACCACCACCACCACCACCACCACCACCACCACCACCACGACUGCACACGCCACCACAUUCCAGCAAUCACUGAUGCAAGUUCUGCUUAUCUCUGUGGGCGUAUUCACUAUGGCCACGGUGUGAAGAACACAAAACCUUCAUGAUUCAAGACAAGAAAAAACAUAACUACUCAAUCUAAAUAUUGCAUUUACUGUACACAGUACAUCCCACAUUAUAGGGAUCAUGCUGAAUUUAAAAUCCACUCACUGGAGGUGCAGGUAGGAGUGAUGGUGGGCGGUCAGUCUUCUGACUGCUUUCAGGUCUGUUGUAGAAUCUGAAAGAAAUAAGAGAAUACAUGUUGAAGUUUUCAAUUAAAGGUUAUGUGUAAUAUAUUUUGUCUUGGAACCAUAGGACUGCAGGAUUUCUGUCCUAUACUGAAUAGCAGUCAAAUACCCUGAGACACACACCCCCCCCCGGACAACCACUGUGGGUAUCAAAUAGUUUUAUUUCUUUGUUAUUGAUGUUCUCUGUCUUCGUCACACACUAUGAUGCUAGAAAUGGCUGAAAUAUGCAUUUGUGCAACUUUCUAUUGUAACCAUGUGUACAUGAUACAAUAAUGUUUUCAAAAUGAAGCCUUCAGCGGCUGAUGUGUGUGUGUGUGUGUGUGCGUGUGCAAUAGCGAACGCAAAUGAGCCGUUGCACAUUAAGAAUGCCAGAUACGAUACCAAAUGCUGUUGAAAAUUAUUUUGCACUUUGCAUUAUGUAACGAUGGAGUUUUUAAUUGACAUUUUUCAUUAAAGUUAUAUUUAAAACAAG